UGUGGGGACGCGUCCCCCGGCUACCGCUAGCCGCGGAGUUCUAACAAAUCGAGUGAAAGUGCGCAUGCGCCAACUGGUCUCAAAGGCUAUAACGGGAUCAGGCAACCGGAGAAAGUGUUUAAGGCUGAGAAGCCAUGCCCCUUUUUGGAAAUACAUUCAGUCCAAAGAAGACUCCACCCAGAAAAUCCGCUUCACUUUCCAAUCUACACUCGCUGGACCGAUCUACCCGUGAGAUUGAGCUGGGACUAGAAUAUGGCACUCCUGUCAUGAGUCUUACUGGACAGAAUCUGAAAUUUGAGAAUGGCAUGUGGAUAGCAGAAUCAUUAGGGGGCACUGGGGACCAGCGAGAGACACAGCGCCUUCGCAGAAGGAACCAGCAGCUGGAAGAGGAGAACAAUCUGCUACGGCUGAAAGUGGACCUUUUGUUGGAUAUGCUUUCUGAGACAACGGCAGAGUCCCACCUCAUGGAGAAGGAACUGGAAGAAAUGAAAAAUUACAGUCGAAGGAGAAAGUGAACAGCAGGAUAGAAGAUACGGGGAAGGAAAGAGUAGGAGAAUGUGGUCAAAAGGAACUACCCCAACAAACGUUGAGGCCACAUCUGCCUUGGAAGACCUGGCUGUCUUUGUCCUCUUAAAGGGCAUGUAGCCAAGGUGCCAAGAGACAUGUAUUAGUAAGUUCUCCAGUCUUGUUAGGAAGCAGCUGUUCCUUUUCUUCCUUCUGGAGCUUCUGUCUAAAUAUUCUUGAAUAUAUCUUUGCAGCACACUUUUACUCAGGUCAAUUGCUAGUGAAGUGCUUAAUAAAUAAUGAAUGUGUGUCUAUAUCCAAAGUCAAUGCAGCAGAUACUUCUGCAGUGUGGAUAUUGAAAAGGAGAGGGGAGCACAGUCACAGCUUAUAUCUCCAUGAUCUUAUUGUCUACGUUUAGACGACCACAUUCUGGUUCAUUAAAUUAGAAUAUGCAUGCAUAAAACCCAUUUGCCUACAAUUCUAGUGUAGCUAAAUUCUCUACCGUUUGUGCAAGGAACAAUAUACUGUAAGUCAUAUAAUUGGGCUUAAUCACAGCUUCUCAUAUCUAAACCAUAGUUAAAAGCUUUCAAACAAACCAAAAUCAGAGGUCAACUGUAAACCACAGUUUAAAACAGGAUAGGAAAUGAGCUGUCCUGCAGACAUUGAACUAUAAAUCCCAGCACUCUUCAAUAUUGGUUAUGCUGGCCACCUUUGGUAGGCCAACAGUAUCUGGAAGGCCACAUAAUUCCCAAUCCUAGUUUAAAGUAUAGACAUGACACAAAAUAAUGAAGUCCAUAUUCCUGGCUUAUUUAAUUGUUCUUGCAAGUGAUACCUUAGUUUACUAGGCCACUACUGAUGGUUUACCACAAUCUCUGUAGAAGACAAUUGUCUUAACAUAUAUUUCAGAUUGAGGACCUAGCUGUGAACUUGAGUAGUUUGGCUGAACAACGUGACAGACUUCUAGUUUUGUAGGGCCUGUUAUUUAAACUGAGAUGAACAUAAAUAAUAUGAAAUAUCUUGAUAACUAUUUUAAAAGUUGCAUACUAUAGUCAGUUUAUAAUCUGACUAUAGUAUAUAACUGAAUUUCAGUUGUGCUUAUUGCAAAGUUGACUGAAGUACAGGAUUACAACACAGAGCAGAAGUCUGAGAUGUCUGCCCAAUUUGGUGUUUUCUGUUCUCUCGUGUCCUAGUGCUAUUUAUAAGUUAAAAUGUUGAUUCCUUUCAUAGUUCGCCUUAUUAUAAAUACCGAUUCAUUCAUUUUCCUGUGUUGUAGUUUGGUUUUUUGUCUUGGCAAAAAAAAAUCUCAUUUUGGAUAUUUAUAUAUUGUUUAUAUUUUCUUCUAUUCUUAUGACUAUGAUGUAGAAUGUUGGAAUUAAAUGGCUUUGUCUAUUUUUAUACUUUUGAAAUAAAAUUAUUGCAUUGUUUUUAUCA